UGGAGAUUGGGGUGUCGCUGGCGGUUAGGGCGGCGGAGGCUCGAAGGGAAAUUGGGAAAUAAAUGAACGGUGACGGCGGCCGUGCGCCCGAGAAAUGGCGAAGAUGAUCAUCGGCUUCUUCCUCUUCAUCUCGCCGGCCUUUCCCGUCGGACCGUCGGGAAUGGAGCUGCACGCCGAGGCCAAAGAGCUCUGCUUCGGAGUGAACAAUGAGCCUUACUGGUGUGAAACGGGAUACUGCUGUGGGGAGACUGAAUGUUGCACCUACUAUUACGAACUGUGGUGGUUCUGGUUGGUCUGGACUAUAAUUAUCAUGCUUAGCUGCUGCUGUGCUUAUCGUCACCGGCGUGUAAAACUCCGACUGCAACAGGAGCAGCGACAGAGGGAGAUCAGUCUGAUGGCAUAUCAGGGUGCUAGUACCUACACAACACAACCACUGGAUUUAAGGUUCUGGGCAAACUGUAAGCUUCCAGACUAUGAGGAAGUAGCAGGCCACCCAGCUACACCGCCGCCUCCCUACUCUGAGCCACAACAACAGAACGGACAAGCCUCUGCCUGCGAAAACGCUCUGGUAGAGAGCCAGCCGGCUCUGCGGGAGUCUGCGGCUUCGCUGACGCAAGGACCGGAGACAAGCUCGUCCGCUCAACAGGAAGGCGGGCAGGCGGGGCCGGACACCCCAGUGCUCACUGGUUCAAGUGACAGGGUAAAUGGUGAUACGGUCCAAGGGGAGGAAUCUGCUGAUUUUAAAACCUUGGAGGCGGACUCUCAUUUGUGUGACCACGGAGAAAUGAAGGAAGACAGCUCCUCGAGGCACAGGCGAAUCACUGGAGACUCUGGCAUAGAGGUGUGCGUGUGCCAGAUGGAUGAGGACCCUUACCACGAGGAAGUGGGUCUGAUGAAUGGCGACGGCGCCCGCGAGUGUUGUGAGGCGCAGUCAUCGUGUAGCUCCCAGAUUGUCAAACAGGCUCCAAGCGAGCAGCCGAAACAGUGCUCAACAAAAGAGCGGGAGGAGGAGAACAGUGAUGUGGUAUAAAUGUGCCCUAUUGCUGGUACUCGAGUCAAACAGAUGGUGCAAUCUAUGACUGCUGACUGUUAAGCAUUAAUUAAAUCUGGACUUACAAUAUGUUUUCCACAAGGUACCCGGCGUCAAUCAGGUGAAAGACACAAAUUGUAGUCUAUAGACAGUUUUGCAUCUGUCUGGUGUUUCAGUCGGGCGGCCUACAAAUAGUCCAGAUUUCUUAUUAGCGAUUUUUAAAAUACUAUAGCAAUAUAAUGAGUGAAUAAUUUUCAAACUUUUGUCUUCAAAGCCUCUUAUUAGAAAAAUAUUCAGGCUUGUUUUGCCAUUUAAAACAAACUCACUCCAAUUUUUUUUAAAAUUACUUUGUAAAGUAGUGGGGUGAGGAAGGAAGCCUUUCUCUAACCUCAACUAUAGUUUGAGGGGAAAUGGGGCCUUUACAUUAUUUCCCAUUUGCUGUUGUAUAGCAUUCGGGACAUGACAGAGGUUCUCGAGCUACUUCAGUUAAAGGCAUCACUGGAGGACUUUCAUCCUUGCAGUGUCCAUGUAGCUUCCUGUAGAGUUCCUGACAAAAGUCCUGCCUAGAAUUGGACAGUCGGUACGUGGUGACUCUCUGCCCUGUGAUGCAGCACGUUAACUGGUUUACUGCCAUAUCCAAGGAUACUUACAUCAUUUAACUUAUUAAAAGAUGGAUCUGUUGUAUUACAACACAUUACCCAUCUGAAACUCCCUGGCUCCUGGUGGUUCUUUUAUGCAGGAGGCUCAGUUUUAAUAAAAAAUUGUUUGGUCUGCACUAAUGCAUUGUAUAAGUUUACUUUUAAGUUUAAGUUUAGAUUUGGCAUUAAGUUUAUUUCUGUGGUACUUUUGGUAUAAGUUUAACAGAAAACAGAAAUGUAUUACGAUUUGAAUGUUGAUGUGCUAAAUGAUAUACCAAACUUUUAUUCGUAGUAGGUAUAGUGUCUCCAUCAUAUUUUUAAAAAGCGCCAAACCCGAGGCAAUUGUUCAUAGGAUAGUAAAUGCAGUUUCUACCAAAAGAAAGUGUUAGAUGUUCACCAUGUGUUUUACAGGUAUUCUGCCCAUUUGAUGCAUAACCUGUUACACUGGAAUUCCAUCAGAAAGGUAUGCAAUAGUCAUGUUUCACAUUCUUGUCUGAUGAGCUUGGAUGAGGUAUGGCAAGAAGUUAGUUUUAGCAAGUGAAAUACUGGCAGUUACAGAGCAAUUGAAGAUAUAAUACUUGACAAUAUCAGCGUGUGUGUGUUCUUUCUCCCAUUGAAUAUAUAGGCAAUAACCCCGUGAACCUUUAUUUUAGCCUUGGGUUAGUUAUGACAAUUAUUUUAAUCAGUUGGGUACAGAGUUGUAUAAGAAGGUUCAACCUUGUACCUCUUGACAUGUAGACAUCAAACUAACCCAGCGUGGAGGGUGGAAGGAUCUAAAUCUUUCUUGGCAGGACUUGCUUGUACUUACUAUAGUUUUUGAUUUAUAAAAUAUAUAUAAGCAUAAAUAGUGUUGGAACAUGCCUUAGACAUCUGAAGAAUUGGUGUAGGGAAGGCGUGAAUGCAAACAGACAAUUCUGUGUGAAAUUAGAGACUCAGUUAGAUAUGCAACAGUAAUGGCAGGAUUUGUAUGCCAUUACUUCCUACCAGAUGAAACCCAACUUCACUUACCGGUGAGCUCCACACCUUUAAUGCGUGUUUUGAAAGGGAGAAGAAAACUACAUUUGUGUGCAUCCCUGCAGCAUCUGGCAACCCUAUGAUAUGUGUUUCAGAGGCCAGCAUCGGCAUUCUUCAAGAGGGUGAACCCUCAAGGCAUCAGACUCCGAUGUUGUACCUGGCUGGGUAUUAAUAACCUGUGCCAUCUGACUGGCGGGAGUGUUCAAGGAGAUCUUUAACCUCCCAUUGCUACAGUCAGAGGUUCCCAACUGCUUCAGAAGGGCAUCAUUCAUACUAGUGCACAAGAUCAGGGUGAGUUGCCUCAUCAGUUAUCGCCUGAUAGAACAUCGACUGUGAAGUGCUUUGAGAGGUCAGUCAUGGCUAGAAUUGACUCCUGCUUGAGCAAGACCCUGGAAACCUUACAAUUUGUCUACUGCCACAACAGGUCUAUAGCAGAUGCAACCUUACAGGCCUUCCACUUGGUUUUGAAGCACCUAGAAAACAACAAAAUGUACAACAGCCUGCUGUUCAUCAAUUACAGCUUGGUGUUCAAUACUACCAUCCCUUUGACACCAUUGUCUCUCAGUACUGAUCAAAACUUGGGCCUUCCUACUUCCAAAAGAUGUGUAGCUUGUUGGGUUGAGUUGUUCUCCAAUCUUGGAAGUUUACUUGCAAAUAUUUGAUCACCAUGUGAGGAGUCAUUGUCAGUGUGAUGUUGAUUGUGGUUCUGUCCUCUGAAUGCGUAAAUUAGGAUCAAGGUAAACAAACACAUAGAACCGGAUCCUAUUUAUGAGUCAAUGCCCCACAUCAUGUGAUUUCCUCCCCACAUCAUGAUUGAGUUUCUGAAAUGAUGUCCAAUCAGCUGAUUGAGAAGUAUGUAGAGGCCAAGCAUUCAGAGGGCAUCACAAUCAACAGCACACUGACAUUGUCUCUUUGCAUGGUGACAAUGUUUGCAAGUAAACUGCCGAGAUUGGACAGCAACUCAACCCAGCCCUUCUACCUCCCUCAGAAAUGGGAUCCUUUAUUUCCUCAUUGGGAGACUACAGCUAGUGCAAAUAGGUAAAAACAUCUCUGACAACAUCUCACAGGAUAUAUCUUGGGUCCCACACGUUGAUGCAAUCGUGAAGAAGGCACACCAGUGGCUCUAUGUCUUAAGGAGUUUGAGGCAAUAUCUAUGCCACUAAGGACUUGCAAAUUUCUAAAAGUUGUGCAGUGGAGAGUGUUCUAACUGGUUGCCUUACUGCCUGGUGUGGAAGCUCCAUUUUAUAGGAUCACGCAAGGCUGCAGAGGCUUGUAGAUUUGGUCAGCUCCAUCACAGGCACAACUCUGUCCAUGGAAAAUUCUUCAAAAGGCAGCAUCCAUCAUUAAAGACACUUGCCAUCCAGAACAUGCCCUCUUAUUACUAUCAUCAGGGAGCCUGAAGCCCCACACUCUGUUUAGGAACAGCUUUUCCUCCCCUCUGAAUGGUCCCUGAACACUACCUCGUUAUUCUUCUUUUGCACUAUUUAUUUAUUUUAGUAGCUUGUGUUCUUUAUGUAUUGCACUGUACUGCUGCCGUAAAACAACAAAUUUCACGGGAUGUUAGUGACAAUAAAUCUGAUUCGGGUGAUAUCCGCCAUUUGUACUCUUCCCUGUUGCCCCUGCCAGACCUGUACUCCUCUUUGUGCUCCCUCCUUUCCAUCUUAAACUAGAGAAAGGUAUCAGUCUUGUGAACUUCAUUGAAAAUAUUCUAAACAAACACUACAAAAAGUAAGAAAAUGGAAUUACAGAAGUCUAUUAAUAUAAACAAUAUAUGCACAAGGAUUAUUGUUUUGUUACCUAGACUUUUUAUAAAAUCUCAGUGAAGGGCAUGAUCAUAAUUGGUGCCAUACAAGCAACUGGAAUGCCUUUUUCAAAGAAAGAAAGCCAGCAGGCAUUAAGAACAGUAAGAAUUUAUAACAAAUUUCCAAACUCAGUCUUGAUUGAUCACAAUGAACAAGAAGAGUGGACAUAUCUUUCUGUGAUCAUUCUGAACUCGGUAAUAAAUUACUGAUGUCAUAAUGGUUAGCUAAAUAGUAUGUGCGACAUUUGCAAAUGACAUUCAGCCAUAAUAAUUUUUAAAUCAAUGAGAAGGCAAAGUAAAUGCAGAAAUUGCCCUCUUCUUCUGUCUUUUGCAUUACACCUUGUCAUAAAUCUGAGGUGGUGGAGAGAAAGUAGCUUCUGAAAACAGACUGCCAAUGACUAGCAAUGAGAGUAAUUGAAGACUCAGCACUGUACAGUGGGGAGACAGGCCCACCAUAUCGAUGCAGAUCAUGAGCCACCUAAUGAUUUAAUUUGGUAAAUUAUUUGAAACAAUAUCACUCUGGUCACUUUAUUAGGUACACCUGUACACCUUAUUAAUGCAAAUAUCGAAUCGGCCAAUCAUGUGGCAGCAACUCAAUGCAUAAAAGCAUGCAGACAUGGUCAAGAGGUUCAGUUGUUGUUCAGACCAAACAUCAGAAUGGCAUAACUGCCAUUCACUGGAUGCUUUCUGUGGGCAAAAGUGCCUUGUUAAUGAGAGAGGUCAGAGGAAAAUGGCCAGACUAGUUCAAGCUGACAGGAAGGCAACAGGAACUCAAGAAACCAUGUGUCACAACAGUGGUGUACAAUAGAGCAUCUCGGAACACAUAACGCUGGACCUUGAAGUGGAUGAGCCACAGCAGUAGCCAUCUGCGCUGGGUUUCCCUCAUACCUAAUAAAGUGGCCACUGAGUAUAGGCUGAAAGGGUACACGUGAAAGUUUAAAUAAACCCAAAUGGAGCAAACUUAAUAAGUUUGUGAUCUGUGGAUUUGAAUAGCUCCUUAAAAAUUUAAUUUUGAGCAAUAAAAUAUGUCAAGGCCUUUAAAUGGCUGUUUAUACAGAUGAGAGAUAUAAUAGAAGUAUCAAGGUUGCCUGAAUUAUUUCCAACAGUAAAGGCUGAUCAUAUGGGAGAAAUAGCACAUAGUGGCCAUGUUAUUAAGGGGAAAGUAAGCUGAUUGUAAAGGAUCCUGUGAGUAAAGAAUUUGACAGUAGGAUGUAAGGGACAGUAGUAACUUCAAGGUUCUAUGCAUUCCCAUCUAAGUAAAGUGGAAAAUGGAAUGUAUCGGCCAUAAGCACUGAGCUGAGGCAGUGCAUCGAAAUGGGCAAUUGAACAAUUUCCUUGGUGUUUUUUAAUGUAAAGAAUUGGCUGUCCUUUUGAGUAUUAUUUUGAGGGAGAUCAUUUGGUUUUUUUGCAAUCUCAGAGUACUGUUAUAUUUUGAUGCCUUUUUAAUAUGAACAUUUUAAUUUUGUAAUUUGAUAGGGACAUUGAUAGAAGAUGCAUGUUCUAUGGUGUGAUUUCAUUGUACUCUGAAUUACAGUGCUGAAGUCUUUUUUAUAUAUAUAUAUAUAUAUAUACAUAUAUAAAAAGAAUAAAUGAAAAUUGUUCCCUUGCUGCUACUUAAGAUCAUGAAUGAAUUAUUUCUGGCACAUUAGGAUUUGGUGACAAGCAGAUCUAUCUGUCUGAUUUUGGAUGCAAGUUAUCCUGAGACCCAUCAGAAUGCAGUUUAAGGUGUGAUGUUUAUUUACUUAGAGAUACUGCACGAUGACUGACCCCUUUCCGGCUCAACAAGCCCGCGGUGCCCAAUUACACCCAUGCAACCAAUUAACCCAUACAUUUUUGUACAUCCUCUCUGAUCACAUGGCUUUCCUCCCACAUUCCAAACUCCUUUCAGACACCAUUGGCAUUCAAACCCCAUUCAAAUCAGUGAUUAUUGACACUGUAAAGCGAUAAUGCUGAUCGACACAGUCCCUUAUCAUGAUGCAUUCUGAUCCAGUGAGCCUGCGCCCAAGACCAAUUAAUCUGCUAUUCUGAACAUCACUAGAAUGUGGAAGGAAAGCAGAGCACCUGGAGAAUACAGAAGCUCUUUAAAGACGGCAGCAGGAAUUGAACCAGAGCUGUAUGCUAACUGCUAUGCUCCCAUCCCUGAUUAUGGGGUAAAUAACACAAUAUCAAUUCCAUUUCAGUAUUGGAUGAACAGAUGAGGAAUUUCUAUAGCCAGAGGGUGGUGAAUCUGGAAGUCAUUGCCACAGUUGGCUGUGGAGACCAAGUCAUUGGCUACAUAUAAAGCAGAGGGUGAUAGGUUCUUUAUUAGUAAGGGUGUCAAAGGAUUUUGGGGAGAAGGCAAGAGAUUGGGGUUGAGAGGGAUAAUAAAUCACCCAUGUGGGAUUCUGCUAAUUCUGUUCCUAUGUCUUGUGGUCUGCUCUGGGCUUACACAUUCCCAAACCUCACAACCCUUCCUUGGACUAAAUACCUGACCCCUUAUCCUGUAUGGUGCCCACAGAACUGCCAGAGCAAUGGUACUAUUCUUUCACAACCCUGGAUGCCAGCUCCAUAUACCUAUCCAAGGUUCUCUUGAAUGUUGAAAUCAAAAUCGCAUCCACCACUUGCACUAGCAGCUUGUUUCACACUCACCACACUCUUGUAAAGAAGUUUCCUCUUAUGUUCCUCUUAAACAUUUCCCCUUUUACCCUUAACCCAUGUCCUUUAGUUGUAGUCUCACACAACUACAGCGGCAAAAAUACAACUUCAACAUAACAUGCCAGCUCCUGUAGUCAGUACUUUGAUUUAUGAAGGCCAAUGUGCCAAAAGCUUUCUUAAUGACCCUGUCUACUUGUGACGCCACUUUCAAUGAAUUAUGGACUUGUUGUCCCAGAUCCCUUUGUUCUACAGCUCACUGUGUAAGACCUACCCUGGAUGGUCCUCCCAAAGUGUACACCUCACACUUGUCUGCAUUAUAUGGGAGGCAGGGUUUGAGGAUCGGCACAACAUUGUGGGCCGAAGGGCCUGUACUGUGCUGUACUAUUCUAUGUUCUAUAUUCCCUGUGCCAUAAUUUAUAAACAAUUUUUCCAGCUGAUCCAGAUCCCGCUGCAAGCUUUGAUAGUCUUCCUUGCUGUCCACUACAUCCCCAAUCUUGGUGAAAUCUGCAAAUUUGCUGAUCCAGUUAACUACAUUAUUAUUAUCAUGUACCUGUGCAAAUUUCUCUUAAAUGUUACAAUUGAACUUCUGUGGUUUACCAGUUCCAUGGUCAGCUCACUCCACCCUCUGAGUGAAGAAGUUCUCCCUCAGAUUCUCCUUAAAUAUUUCAUACUUCAUACGAAACCUGUCUCCGCUAGUUGUAGUCUUGCCUAGUAUAAAAGUGAGUAUUGUGGUAUAGAGCGAGCCACUUCACCAUCCACAGUGAGAUUGAAUGGAUGAUUAGAACCGAGAAGGAAGAAUGUUACUACCUGUUCCAUCUGGGAGGUAAGCUCGACAACAAUGAAUAAGGAUUUUUUUUCUAGUAGUAGUUGUGUCAGUCAUAUCUUGAUAACUACACACCUAUUCUCAGCAUGAGGGAGGAGAGUGUGGCACAGAAAAAUUGGUCAGAAAAGCAGGUUAAACACUGAUGGUACUACAACUUCAAUGCCAAAAAAAAUCAAGCUGGAAAGAAGUUCCUAACCCUGGCUGUGGAACUGUUCUGCUUUGAGAUUCAGGAAUACUUGGAGCUAAUCUGGAGACCGUUUUGUCCUCACAUCUACAAGGAGUGCUGCUUCAAGAAAGCAGCAUCCAUGAUCAAGUACCCCACCAUCCAUACCCUGCUCUCUUCUUGCUACUGCCAUCGGGAAGGAGGUAUAGGAGCCUUGGGUCCCACAGCACCAGGUUCAGGAACAGUUAUUACCCCUCAACUGUCAGGUUCCAGAACCAGCUUGAAUAACUUCACUCACCUCAACACUGAAUGGAUUCGACAACCUAUAAACUCACUUUCAGGACUUUUCAACUCGUGUUCUGAUUAGCAUGUAUUUAUUUGUAUGUUCGUUUAUUUUUUUUUGUAUUUGCACAGUUUGCCUUUUGCACAUUGGUUGUUUAUCAGUCUUUGUAGCUUUUUUCCCCAUUGUAUACUGUAAUUGAUUUAUUUUUUUUCUCUUCUAUAUAUGUAUUGCAUUGAACUGCUGCUGCUAAGUUAAUAAAUUUCACGUCACAUGCUGGUGAUGAUAAACCUGAUUCUGAAUACAGAUUUUGAAUUUCAGGUCAUAACCUCGUUCAGUAUGAGAGUCUGACGACUUCUGUGUAUGAUGGAGGUAAUUUGGAAAGUCGUGUCAAAGCAGCCUCGAGUGUGUGAGAUAAAAACAGGAGUCCAUUUAGUCUGAGCUCACUGCAAAGGAACAAGGCACAGCUUCAGUGGGUGAACGCAAUAAAAAUGCAGGUGGAUACAUAUCUGCCCCUUCAAACUACUCAAUCUUUCACCAAAAUCACUUUUUUUUAUCUCUCCGCCACUUUCUUGCACAAAUUUCAUUCCCACAAUGUUUGCAAAACUAUUGACUUGUUUUGAAUGAAUAAUGCUCACAACACGCUGGAGGAACUCAGCAUCUGCAGAGUAUUUUGUGUUUUGAAUGAAUAAUGACUUGAGCUUCCAUAUCCCACUUGUGUAAUGGCUGAGAGUUUGUUUUUGUGAUUGGAAGCCUUGCAGCCAGUAGUCUGGAGCCAGAAUCUGUGUUGGGAACAUUGCUUUAUUCUAAAAUCUAGCUCAGGUUACAGGUGAUAUGAUCAGUAAGGUAACAGAUAAUGAGGCCCCAUUGAAUUGUAGUGUGCCCGUUUAUUUCUUCCACCAAAUUGCAGAUAACAGAUUAUGAAGCUGCAGCCUUGUGCAAAAUGAUAUUGAUGAGUUGGGAGAGAAUUAGCAGAGAUGGAACUUGGAGCUGAAUCUGGCCAUUCAGCCCAU